AUGUUGGAGCGUCUUGCUGCUGAACGCCGUGCUGAGGGAGGGCGACACGACUCUCAACGUACUGGUGCGGGAUAUGGCGACACUCAACGUACCAGCGCGGGCUAUGGUGACACUCAACGCGCUGGUGCGGGAUAUGGUGACACUCGACGUACUGGUACGGGAUAUGGUGACACUCAACGCGCUGGUGCAGGUUACGGUGACACUCAACGCGCUGGUGCCGGUGUGUGGUAUGGCGACACCCAACGCGCUGGCGACACCGGCUAUGGCGUUGGACCUACAGGCACUGGCGCUUACCGUGCCGAUACUACUGAGACUUCCUCAGGAAAAGUUAGCAUGACUGACAAGGUUAUUGGUGGCGGCGAGAAACUGGCCGGGAAGAUGACGUCUAACGCGGAACUCUACGAGCUGGGUAUACAACGCCAGCGCGGUGUGUAUGAGCCACAUCCUAAGCACUCUAUCAUGUAUUUGUUCAAGUGUUUUGUUGAAGAUCAACUUGGUCAAAACUUGGUUGUCCUUUCUCGAACAACCUGUACUGCUAACAAAGUUCCAGCGAAAGCGAUGGUUCAUCGGUGCCUUCUUGUUCCUGAGCUCUUUAGCUUGGUUUGCGAGGUCUUAAGGCCUGACUACAAAACGCGGCCAAUCCAACGAUCAGCGACUUUGGCAUCUCUUGCUCGCACAUGUCGUGCCUUCGAAGGGCCAGCUCUCGACGUUCUUUGGCGUGAGAUCGAGGGACUGCGUCCGCUUCUCUGCACGAUGCCGCCCGACAUAAUUGAGAUAAAGGCAAAGGGUUGGUCUACAAAGGUUAUGUGUUUGCGAAGGCCAAUCUUACUCUCUGACUUGACAAGAUUACCAUCUUAUGCCCAACGAAUACGCAAAUUUCAUGUGGACUCAAAGUCUUUUGUUGACAUUGAGGCUCUACAAGCUCUAAGCAUGGCAACAUUGCAUAUGCGGCCCCUCCUUCCAAAUCUUGAAGACCUUUCGUGGUAUUAUGGACACUCUACAAAGCAAGUGGAGUGGUCGAUGCUUCAAUGCGUCUAUCUCUUCUUCUCUCCCAAUCUCACCACAUUAUCCAUCACUCUCUCUCAUAUCUCCAAUGGUGCAUGUGCCCCCUCCAUCCUCUCUGGUCUUAUCAACUCUUGUCCAGCCCUGAAAGAAUUGACUUUCCAUUUUCCCUGCGACUCCAAUGGAGAAAAUCAACGGGCUGUUUCUUCUGUCAUUUGUCAAUGGAGCUGGCUUCAGUCUCUAACGGUCAACAAUUUGACACAAGAAGCUCUCGAGCAUCUUGCAACAAUCCCAUCCCUCCAAAGACUUUCUCUUAUCUCUCUGAAAGAUUUGACGCGUAGUUACGAUCAACACUUGCCGAUCGUUACGCGCAACCCAACUAGCGGAUACCCUGCUCUUCGAGGUUUAUCAAUCUCUUGUAGGACAAUGGAUCCAGCGAUCGCCUUGGCGCAGCUCCUAUCCUCCAGUCCCAUCGAGCAUCUCGAAAUUCGGGUUGAGAAUGUUUGUCAUCCUCGUCAAUGGAGGGAGCUCUUCCAUACCAUCAGUCGCCACAUUUACCAUCCCUCAUUGGAACAACUCACUUUACUGGAGUUAGAUUUGAUAGACUUGGACCCACAGGAAGCACUCUAUUCUGACAUUGGACUCGAGGCCUUGACUGUGUUUACGAAUCUUCAAGUCGUUGAUAUCCAGCCUACUUUUGGCAUUCAACUUACAAGCGACACAGUAAACAGAUUAGCUGAUGUCUGGCCCAAACUAUGUCAUCUCGAACUCGGCAAUAUAUAUCCAUCGUCAACAUCACCAAUCAUAAAAACAGAGGACCUCAUUCCCUUCGCACAACGUUGUCCUAAGCUAGAGUACCUAGGCGUCGUUUUUGACGCUCAAAAUACCCAAAAUCUCGGUGUCAAGUUCAAUAAUACUUUGAACACCUUAUCUGUCGCAGACUCUCCCAUCAAUGCCCCACCCAUAGUCGCCGCUUUUCUUUCCAAUAUUUUCCCCAGACUUAGAACGAUCGCUUUUCACGACGAAUGGCGGAAUGGGGUUCCCGGCGAGGCUGAAACAGAAACUACAAGGAUGUGGGAAGAGGUGGACAGCCUGCUUGAAACAUUUGCCGAGGACCCUUUCGACACCUUGAGGUUGACAAAAUGGAAUCUGCAAUGCCUUGAUCUGUGUGCGAAUGCUGGCGAUCUGGAUAGGAUCAAGGUUGGUUGUAUCAAGCGUUUUGAGACUGAUAUUACCGUCGGCGUCAACGGAGUCAACACCUCGGACGGCUUCCUGGCGUAA